UCCUUACUGAUAACUAAAUACAUAAUGAUAGUUUAACCUUACGAAUUCUUCUGGAUGUGUUUAUAAAUCACGUUUCUGCGCAUCGUCUCCGGUGCUGGAGCUUGCUGUCCACUACGAACCGGACCCCUACCUUACCUUUAUCUCUUGCCCUCUUUCCCCUCUUUCCAAACCCUACACAUCCAAUUUUGAUUUCAUCCUCUCUCUCUCUCUCUUUUUUUUUUUUUUCUUAAUCUCGAUUUGCUCCGCUGAGCUCAUCUAAUCGGUGAUCGAAUACAAUUGAUCUUUAAUUAUGCGAUUCUUUAGAAGAAUAGCGGGGCUGCUGGGCCUUGCCAGAGACGAUGGCCAGGAAGUGAAAGACCAAGAAAAUGACCCUCAAAACAAUUCCCAAACACCCAACAACCCUCCCGUUUUCCAAGAAACUGGGCUUCCUCGUAGGGGCUUUAGCGUCCCUGUUCAGGUCGCUGCCGUUCGUCCCCAUCCUGCUCCUCUCCUCCUCCCCUGCACUUCCUCUGACGGCGGCGUCCAGGGUCUGAAAUGGUAUGCAAAGCGUCUUAGGAUAGAUGAAGAUGGAGACGUAGCGGAUGAGUUCUUGGAUGAAGUUUUGCCACAAACAUCAGGGUCAGCUAAUGCAGAAAAUGAGAAGGCAUUCCCCAAGUUCCAAGUGAAGUAUAAUACGAGAGCAGCCAAUGUGAAGACCCAAGUCAUGUCACAUGAUGGUAAAAUCCAGCAGUGUGUAGAGUACCAAGGAAGAUUACAGUGGAUAUGAUUGUUGGUUUAUUUUUCUUUGUCAAGUCUUGCAUCAAAUGCGUGCGUAGUACCAAUCAACUUCUUUUGAUUAUAUUUUUUCCCUUUGGUUCUCAACUUCUGUACUAAUGGUAAUAAGCUUCAUUUCACUGUAUAAGUAUCAUGUACGUAAGGUGGUUUCUAAAGAGGAUAUUGGCUAGAAACACUAGAUGAAGGCAUUUGUAUAAGUGGUUUGUUGAAUGAUCUAAUAUAUUAUAUAUAUAUUCUCAUUUAAUUA